UGAAAUAUCUUGGCAGUUAAAGGCUUUGACGAGUACUGUCAGAUGAAACACCGGUACUCUGUCAAAAUAUGUACAUAUAUUAGUGUCUCAGUAGUUGGUAGAAUAUUGACAUGGAUUUGAAAGGGAAAGUAGCCCUAGUAACAGGAGGAGCUGCAGGAAUAGGUCGCGCUUACUGCGAAGAGUUGCUGAAACAUGGGGUGAAGGUUUCUAUAUGCGAUAUAAAUGCUGAGGCAGGGGAGCAGCUUGUUCAACGGUUGGAAGAAAAAUAUGGCAAAGACAAAGUGCUGUUUUGUCAGUGUGAUGUCACGGAUUACCCCCAAUACGAAGAAUCUUUUCAGACAACAAUUUCUGAAUUUGGCUGCCUUGACAUUGUUGUAAACAAUGCUGGAAUAAUGAAUGACAGAUUUUGGGAGCUGGAAGUAGAUGUCAACUUGAAUGGAGUCAUUCGUGGUACCUUACUUGCUCUGCGUUUUAUGGGAAAAGACCGUGGUGGCAAUGGAGGAACUGUUGUUAACACUGGCUCAAAUGUUGUUGUAAAGCCAUAUGUAAGCAUUCCCAUUUACACUGCCACCAAACAUGCAAUAGUUGGUUUCACACGUUCAUUUGGGGACCCUUACCAUGAGAAGAUAACUGGUGUACGCGUACUUGCUGUCUGCCCUGGUGCCACUGACACAAACCUUGUGAAAGAUGUAAGGAAACAGCUGCUGUCACCUGAAUAUGAGAAUGCGUGGCAACGAGAUACAGCAGGAGGGGUAUCACAAACGGCAGAACAUGUGGCAAAGGAGCUGAUACAGUUGUUGCAGAAGGCAGCCAGUGGUUCUGUUUGGAUGGUGGAGAAGAACCAGCCAGCACGGGAGAUACAUUUUACUACCCAGUAAACAGUGGUUUUACUGUUAUGACAAGUUUAAUUGCACAAGUAGCCUGUUGGAGUGCAUCUAACACACUACAAAUAUUAUGCACAAUUUUCUUCCAGAGCUUUGCAGAUUUAUGGGCUUUUUGUGGCUUUUCAUUCAAGUCACAUUUAUCAUAUGUACAUUAUGUAAUUUGGCCUAAACAUUUGUAUAUUUGUUGAUAUUUAUGCACUGUAUGUUACACUUAAGAAAGAACAGAAUGACUGUUCACCUUUUUUCUAGAAUUGAUAACAAUAUUGGUUAAGAGAGGACAUGAUUACAUACUACCAACUUGCUGUGUACAUGUGAUGGGAGCUAGAAGUAUAUAAGGGUAAACAUGGAAUUUUGUUGAUGCAGUGGACCAUUUUGGGAAGGAAAGACUUACCAAUUAUUCAGUGAGCCAAAGGGAUAGUGCUUAAACAUGUAAUUUACCUUGAAUAAGUCACUGAUAUUUUCUUCUGUAAGAGGCCACUUUGUGUUCAGACCGUUAGUACUGCUGCUGUCCUCUUUUAUUAAAACAAACAAAUAAAUAAAUAAGCUAGAAGUAACUUCUGAUGAUAAUCUUUUUAGUCCAAAUUUGUGUAGUGUAAUGGUUCAGCUGCUAAUUAUCUGCAUUGUUUACAAAAGUACCGAAUUUUACAGAAAAGGGUAUUAAUAUUAUUAAGAGCUACAUCUAAGAUAAUUCUAGCUUAUACACAAAUCCCAGUAAAUUGUAACCUAUUAAGUCACUUUCUACGCCAUUAAAGUGAAAGCUUGGCUGUAUUUCCCAAGGCUGAUUCACCUGUCAGACAUGUCUAAAGAAAGUAAUAAUGCAAGGUGGUCAGAAAAUGGAAGGAGUAUAAAAUGAAGGAGUAUAAAAUUAUUGCAGUGGAGGAGGAGGUGGGGUCAUCCUGUAGAGAGAGAGAGAGAGAGAGAGAGAGAGAGAGAGAGAGAGAGAGAGAGAGAGAGAGAGAGAGAGAGAGGAGGGGGUGCAUAAAUAUGUCAGCCUGUUAAACUGAUAAGCAAGCAUACAAAGAAAUUUUAGUAGAGUAUUAUUUAGCAUGGUGAACUGGUUAUUUGGCUAGGGGGGCAGCACAUUACAUUCGAGAAACACUGGUAUCUCCAGUGACAUUGCAAGUUUCCACAGUUAUGUCUCUUGUUUUGUCAUUUGCUGUUUAAGUCACUAAUGUGUUUCAGUUGCUGAUGAUAGUGCCAGCUCUCGUUCAGAUCUGUGCAACCUGAUUUUGUUGUAUUUCAGUUUCCUCAAUCAUCUAAGUAUCUGUCCUCCAAUAGCCAUAACAUAUUUUUUUGGCAUUUACAUUCUCUUAAUGUCACAACAGUGAUACGCAAUGACACAAGACCAAAAGUAGACUGACCACAUGGUAUAGAUAUUGGCACUUUUUGACUAGUAAUGCUGAGGUCCCAGUUUUUGUCCUGCUGCUUACCUCAAAUUUUUCUCUGGUGGAAGGAGCUCUUGUUGACCUUGUGAGAUCAACUGAAAAGCUGCUUGCAUACAAAAGCAGUGAAAUUGAUGCACAAUUCACUGAAGUAGUGUCCUCUCUAGAGGCUUGUACCAUGCUAGAUGACACACAAUGUCUGUUUAUUAGCAGCAAAAGCAUCAGCCAAUAUUUUUUUCAGGUUAGGAAGUGUCGUGAUUGACAUAAGACAGAAAUAGGAUUUAAGCCUAGAUGGUAUGGCACUAGUAGGAAGGAAUCAUUUUCUUGGAAAAUUUUGCCAAUGGAAUGAAUAGGAGAACAUUGGUGCUCCUUAACUAGUGCCUAUAGUUUGAUGUCAUUGUCUCCAAAUAUUUGUAAUUUUUUUCUGUCCAGUUUUAUUUGAUACUAUGAAGUAAGUAUUCCUGUUACAGUCACAGAGAAGUCACAAUGUAGUAGGCAUGAAGCCACAGUUGAUCUAAAUAAACCACUGGCUGCUUUUAAUUCUGGUGCUAAAUUUUUCAUAAAAAUCUAUUAUGGUAUGCUGUGUUUGCAAGUAUGUAGUCUAAUCCAUACAAUAUGAAUAGUUAAUUCUGCCACCUUUUGGGAUCAAAUCCUGUAGAUGGAACAGUUUUUCCUCAGAGUUUCUUUGCUAGCCUGCAAGUCCAAAGUCUUUGCAGUAAAAGUUUUGAAGUUUUUGCAAAAAGGAUAUUUCCUUGUCCUGUUCAUAAUGUUGCAGAACUUUCUAUCUAAUAGUGCAGUUAUCUUUAUCAUCAGUGAAACAUUUAUUUCAUGCAUUUUGUGUAUUCUGCUUUGGGGUAGAUACUUGAAUCCUGCUCUACUUGACAUCGUGACCCUCUUUUGGUAAUUUGCACAUGAAUGACUUGCUCAAUUUUCUCUUUUCAACAUUUGCUUUUACGUUCUGAUGCCUUCUCAGGACUAUCACACAAUUCUCAUAAAAUUUAUGAAGUUAACAGCAUGUUGUCAUGGCUUCCCAUUAAAAUAUUUUUCGCUAUCACUUUUCAUGCCUGCACUGUGAGGUAACAUCAUGUGCUACUUUGAAUUGGAAUGUGACUGUACCUAAUCAUGAGUCAGAGUUAGUUUGCACUAUGGCCCAAUAGUCACUUCACCUUGCCGAGUAUGAGAAGACAUUGUUUUGGUUGUUGUACUGAUCCAGUGACAGGAAAGUAUAAAUAAUGAGACAGGAAAGUACAGGUCCUCUUUAACUUACAUGCCGAAAGUUGCAUGUUCAGAAUUAAAAUCCUUGAUGUUGAAUUUUAGGUUAAUUUCUGUUUGGUGGUAGAAUUUUCUGAUGCAUAGGUUGACCAUGUAGCAUUAUCACAGUAUCACAUUAGUAUUUGUAUAAGUGUGAAUUGUUACUGUGUUUUAAUAAAAAAAGAGUAACCCUUACAUUUGAUGUGACUUCU